GGGUAAAAAUAAGAACUUAAUCUUCGCUUUAGUCAAUCUAAUCUACUGCAAUUUGACAAUGAAGCUCGCUGUGUUCAGCACCAAGCCGUACGAUAAGCGGUACAUUGAGGCAGCUCGUGACGCUGCGGCUGCGAAGGCCACAGAGUCGCCUGCCAAUCGUCCUGCGUCUGCAGAUAUCGAGGUUGUUUACCAUGAAUUUGCGCUUGAGGAGGAUACUGUGGCACUUGCAAAAGGGGCCGAUGCCAUCUGCGCUUUCGUGAAUGAUUCUUUGAGUGCGCCUGUGGUGGAGGCAUUGGCUCGGCAGGGCGUGAAGGCUAUUCUUCUGCGAUGCGCCGGCUUCAAUCAUGUCGAUCUUGUGGCGGCUGAGAAGGCCGGCAUCAUGGUUGCCAAUGUGCCGUCGUAUUCGCCCGAGGCGGUUGCUGAGUUUGCGGUUGCGCUGAUUCAGACUUUGAAUCGGAAUACGCAUCGGGCGUAUAACCGGGCUCGAGAGGGGAAUUUCGCGCUGGAUGGAUUGCUGGGCAGGACGCUGCAUGGGAAGACUGUUGGGCUUAUAGGCACGGGCAAGAUUGGGAUUGCGACGGCGCGGAUUAUGAAGGGCUUUGGGUGUCGGAUUUUGGCGUACGAUCCGUAUCCCUCGCCGGCGUUGGAGGGCAUUGGGGAGUAUAAGAGCCUGGACGAGGUUCUCCCAGAGUCUGACAUUGUCAGCUUGCACUGUCCCCUGAUGGACAGCACUCGUCAGAUUAUCAACGAAACCGCAAUCGCCAAGAUGAAGCCUGGCGCGAUGCUCAUCAACACUUCUCGCGGCGGCCUUGUCGACACACGAGCUGUUAUCAGGGCCCUCAAGACGCAGCAUCUCAGCGGCGUGGCGCUAGACGUGUACGAAGGCGAAGGCGCGCUCUUCUACGACGAUCACUCGGGAGAGAUUAUUCAUGAUGAUGUGUUGAUGCGGCUGAUGACGUUCCAUAAUGUGAUUGUGACGGGCCAUCAGGCGUUUUUCACGCAGGAGGCGUUGAGGGAGAUUGCGGACUGCACGUUGAGGAAUAUCGAUGAGUUUGUGGUUACGGGGACGUGUAAGAAUUCGUUGACGAAGGAUUUGAAGCUGGUGAGGCGGGAUUCGCUGCCGGUGAGGGGGGUGUAAUGGGUUGGGAGUUGUGGAAGGUAGUUUGGUUUACUUUGUAUAAGUUGUUGUGCUUUUUACGAUGGGAAGACGGCCGUGUCAAACGGAUGAAGGAACAUGGUAAUGGUCAGGCCUUGGUGCCUCUUGCUAGCUAUGCUUAAAUAAAUAAAUAAAUUGACACACAAAAUCAUAAACCCAAAUUGGC